AUGUCGUAUACGCCAUAUAUUCAACCAUCAAAGCCUGGGCAACAUCCAAAAAUGCUCAAUUCCAGUCUAUAUAAAAAGCCUUCACCGACCCAAUCGAUCCCAUCAACCAUAUCAAAGGCAGGGAAGAGUAAAGUUACAAAAGAAAUUGAGGAUUUACAACAUUUGCCUGUUUUUACAGCAAGAACACCGUCUCAGAAACCAAAAAAAGAUAGAAAGUUGUCAACUGAGAAAGAUUCUCAGGGAAUUAAUAAAAUUGAAGUAGAAAAUGACGAAGAGCCUCAGGUUCAACAAUAUGAGACUGACAUUGCCGUUUCUAACAAUGAUCGGUUAAAUGAACAGAAGCAAAAGAAAAGUAAAGAAAAGCAGAAAUCCGAGCCAGAACGAUAUCAUCAUCAAGUUCCACCCGAUAAUGUUCAUGAAUGGAUCAAUCGUAUUGCACGCUCAGCAAGUCCACUUCCAUAUUUUUCACCAAACAAACAAGUUCUUCUCAUUCCCGAACCAUCCUCAGAAGAUUUGGGUAAUAAAAAUGAUGAAGAAAAUGAGGAAAAUAUUGAUACAUUGGAUACAACUGGAACCAACAAACCAGAAAAAUCAACAAAUUCAUCAUCACACACUAAAGCAGGAGAAGUUGAAACUGACGUAGAAAUAUCAACCGAAACGAAGGAACAAAUUACAUCAGCGACACCAACAUUCUCGACACCAAUCUCUUCCUCUGUUAAUGCACCACCAAGUAGCACAUUUUUGGAUGAUCAAUCAUAUUGGAGAAAAGAAAACAAACAAAAAAACUAUCUGAAAAUAGGGAAUAAUUCAGAAAUAGACUCUAUGGAAAAUGCGAUUAAGAAGCCAAGAAAAACAGUAUUGUGGAAUCCACCGGAUAAACGAGCUGAAGCAAGGUUUAAACGAACUCUUGAAAAUCCAUGGUGA